AGAGGUUCCUAAAAACUGACGAUCCCGAAUGAUAUGCGGUCGCAGUGGUGAUUACCAAAAAGUUCCAAAUCUUCCGAAAUCUUGCUAUCCUACAUCUUACGUUAGAUCCCUUCUUUGUCUCACGCCAUUUGCAUUACGCUACUCUACUUCAUCGCAUAACUUACCUUGCAAACUACUUUCCUUUUGAACUUCUACGAACCAGGGAAACGAGGCAAACUAUUUUUUAGAAUAGUUUAGUUCUGUAGCUCUCAAGAGGAACAAAAUGGGUAUCACCCGUGACAGCCGCCAUAAGCACCGCUUGACCGGUGGUCGCGUCAAUGUGCACAAGAAGAAGAGGAAGUAUGAGAUGGGUCGCCCGGCCGCCAUGACCAAGCUCGGUCACAAGAAGGUCCGCGUCGUCCGCUGCCGUGGUAUUUAUAAAUUUUUUGGAGUUUGACGACGUCUUCUGACUUCCUAUUAGUAGGCACACUUUUCUUUAGAAAUCUUGGUUCCCUUUUAGAUGUAGAAAACACUUCGCUUUAAGCAGAUUUUUCGACUCCCUACAUGUAUCCACUCCACUAGAAGCCGCCGAACUAAAGCUGUUCCUUUCCCAUUCUCAUUCUCCGAUCCCACCACGACGACAAACAUCAAAAAAUUCUUCAGGUGCCAACAAGAAGUUCCGUGCCUUGCGCUUGGACACCGGAAACUACUCCUGGGGAUCCGAGAACACCACUCGUAAGGUCCGUAUUAUGGAUGUUGUUUACAACGCGGUCAGCAACGAGAUGGUCCGUACCAAGACCCUGGUGAAGAACGCCAUCGUCCAAGUCGAUGCCAUGCCCUUCAAGCAAUGGUAUUUUUGGAUGGAAUUUACUUCUAGAUAGAAGUGAAAUGGUGCUGUGACGUGGUAACCUGCGGCUGUCGUUAUCUUUGUGAUUCGCUGAAGUUUAGAUUUUUGUCGGUAUUGUACACGGCAUGAAUCAAGAUUCCGUUGUACAACUAAUGUAGAAAGUUUCGGAAGCCGUGUAGAAAGCUUCACAGCCUGAAAGGUUAUGUCUCCCUAGAGACACGUGUAACUCUCCUCCACCACCAACCUAUCAUUAUUUCAUACAGGUACGCCAAGCACUACGGUGUCGAGCUCGGAAAGAAGAAGGGUGAUGUUGCCAAGGAUGAAAAGAAAUCCGGCCACGUCAAGGCCAAGCACGCCGCCCGUGCCCAGACUUUGGACCAGAACAUGGAAGAUCAGUUCAACGGUGGUCGUUUGUUGGCCUGCGUUUCGUCUCGCCCGGGUCAGACUGGACGAUGCGACGGAUACAUCCUCGAGGGCGAUGAACUCGCCUUCUACAAGAAGAAGCUCGAGCGCAAGAAGAAGUAAACAUCUUGUUUCUCGCUACAUCUUCUGAGAACGACGACAACACAACAAUUCUAUUCUGCGCGACACUACUACUAACUGGUGGUGUGCAGGAGUAGUGAGACGUUGGUUUUGUGGGCUUGUUCGGAGUGGAGCACCUUCUUCACAGCGAGGAGCAGAGCUUUUGGGUCAGACGUUGAAUCGAAGCAGGGAGCUUUGGGUCACAAAGAAGUUUCCGCCGGGGAUACCGUGGCACUGCUUCUUAAUGUCUGCUUGAAACACGAGCACUGUUUACAUGACCUCUCUGACUUCCCAAUGGAGACAUGAAAGAGGAUGCUUCUCCUCUACAUGCCUUGUUUCAGAGAGCACAGAGGAAACAAAAAAGAAGCUGCUGCGCGUGCCUUGUGCGCUACCAUUCCGGAUGUAUGUUCAGGAUUAUUCUUAGGAUAGAGAGAGUGUGUGCGUGUUUGUGCGGUCACCUCAGGUCGAAAGCCGAACGAUUCCGUAUACGGCGUGUUAUCUUCGGUAGGGAGCGAGAGAGACGCAAUUGAGUGGAAAUGUUGGAGAACCCAUGGCUAGAACUAACGCUAGCGCGAUUCUACCGGAGAUACAAGCUCCUGUGAAUAUCCGAAGUUAUGGCGAAUUGUCUAUACGGAGUUAUUCUAAUCCAACCUGUGGCACCUUUUUCGAUGAAGAAUAUCCGUGCUUUUUUUGACUCCUCUGGAGUCAGCCACAUAGCAAAAGGUCUAGUUGGAUCG